AUGAUACACCAAGAAAAAUCACCAAAAGAAAAUCUAACUGAAUUGAAGGAAUUUGUUCUUCUGGGCUUCUCGGAGGUUCCACAUCUCCAGUGGGUUUUGUUUGGAUUGUUCUUUGUCAUCUACAUCAUCAUCUUGUUGGGCAAUGGCACCAUAUUCCUGAUAACAAAACUGGACCCUGCUCUCCAGACCCCCAUGUAUUUUUUCCUGGGUAAUUUUUCCUUUUUGGAAAUGUGCUAUGUCACAGCAACUCUUCCAAGAAUGCUCAUGGACCUUUGGACUCAGAAAGGACGUAUUUCUUUCCUUGCCUGUGCUGUGCAGAUGUGUUUUGUUAUUAUGUUUGGAGGCACAGAGUGUCUCUUGCUGACAGUGAUGGCCUAUGACCGUUAUGUGGCCAUUUGCAACCCUUUACACUAUUCUCUAGUCAUGAACCACAAGGUCUGCACCCUCCUCGUGGCUGGCUCCUGGAUCAGUGUAGUUCCAGUCCAGAUAGGGCAGACCUUCCAGAUUUUCUCUCUGCCAUUUUGUGGAUUUAACCUAAUCAACCACUUCUUCUGUGACAUCCCCCCAAUACUGAAGUUGGCUUGUGGAGACACCUUUGUGAAUGAGAUGAUGGUCUACCUAGUAGCGCUGUUGCUUGUUUUUACUCCAUUUUUGUUGAUACUUAUCUCCUAUGGCAAAAUCAUCUCCACAAUCCUGAAAUUGUCAUCUGACACAAGUAGAACUAAAGCCUUCUCCACCUGUUCAUCUCAUCUUUUUGUUGUGGCUGUGUUCUUUGGUUCAGGUAUUAUUACCUAUUUAAGACCCAAGACCCAAGACUCAACAGAAACAGACAAAAUGCUUUCUCUUUUCUAUACCAUUGUGACUCCCUUGUGUAACCCCGUGAUAUAUAGUCUAAGGAACAAGGAUGUCCUAAUGGCACUGAAAAAAUUACUAUGUAAAUAA